AAACAGUUCAACACAGGCAAGCAAGCAGCUCGCAACAGAGUGCGUUCCCAACCUAAAGUGUUUUUUGAAGUUUAGUCACGACGAGUGCGCUUAGCGACGCAAAGAAAGCCCUUUCAAGAGAACUACAUCAGUAAAACAAGCACGCAAAGAUGUCUGAUCGCAAAGCUGUCAUUAAGAAUGCUGAUAUGAGCGAGGAGAUGCAGCAGGAUGCUGUCGAUUGCGCGACUCAAGCCCUCGAGAAGUACAACAUUGAGAAGGAUAUUGCGGCUUAUAUCAAGAAGGAAUUCGACAAGAAAUACAAUCCCACAUGGCAUUGCAUUGUGGGCCGCAACUUUGGAUCGUAUGUGACACACGAGACGCGCCAUUUCAUAUACUUUUAUUUGGGCCAGGUGGCCAUUUUAUUGUUUAAGAGCGGUUAAAGUAUUGUCGAGUCGGAU